GACUAUAAAUUCUUCUUGAUAUCGUAGAAGUACAUAUAUAAGGCAGAUCACCUGCAAAGCAGACCCUCAGUUUCCUCGCAACCUUCUCCACACUUCGAAAUAGGUAUAUGCAUCUCAAGAGAAACAGGUGCAAAACACAAUGAACGCAGAAAUGCCUGAGAAUCCAUCUUCAGCGCUACCUAUGACUACGGCCGGGUGGGAUAUUGACAUAGACAAGAUACAAAUUACCAACGACCCUAAAAUUUGGGAGGAAAUGUCCCAUCUUGCAUGGCCUACAGAUAGCUUGAUGCCCAUGCUUUUCGAAGCUCCCAAAUUUAGAGAAGAGAGAAUCGAAGGAGCACGAGAAUGUAUUAAACGCAAUAAAGAUACGCAGAUGACUAGAAAGAUAGAAGAAGAAGAGGGGUUACAUUGGAAGGGUGAUGAAGAUGUGGAGGGGAGAAAACGGUUGGUAGUCGAUGCAAUGGCUGUGAUGGAUGAGAUGAGCAAGAUGGAUAGGAAUAUCAAACAAGAUGAUUAUGCAAAGAGAUCCAAGAAAGAGAAAGGAUUGGGAAAGGUUAGCAAAUCAUGGAUUGGUAUGAAUCGUUGGUCAAAGUGGUGGAAGUGGUGGAAGUGGUGCUUCGGACAGAAAAACCGGGUGGUGGGUUAUAUGAGUUAAAAUUCUAAUCUCAAUACUCUGGCA